AGCCUCAAGUGGACACUUGAGGAAUUGCAGUUUUUAAAUACUUCCACAGAGGUUGCUGCUUGGGGGCUGAACCUCAUCACACCUCAUUGAUUAACUUUACAUGUAGAAAUUGAGUAAGGAUGACAAAAUAUCUUAAACUCCUAUAAUUGGAGCUUGCAAGUGCAUGCUGGGUAGGUUUUGGUAAAUUGACUCAGGGCCUGAAUACAGAGCUCAUGUCAGCUACAUGACUCAUUAGCCUGACAGUAAUGUUACUCCAUGUUGUUGAAAUGUGCCAUCGUCUCAUUAAAACAUUAGAUACAGUUUCUCAUCAAGUCCCCUCAAAGUUCAACCGGAUGCCUCUACAGGCCUGGAGCACCUGAGUUGUAAAGUCUUUUUGGUGCUUAUGUUUUAAUUUUGCAUUCUUUGUGUAUUGCAGCAUGUUUGCUGUUUGGCGUUUUGCAUGUAUUUAAAAACUUGCAUCAUUUCUGACUUUGCUGCAUGUUUUUUGCCAAUCAGUGGUGAAUCACUAACAAACAUUCACUAAAUAAGUCCUAGAAAUCUAAGGGGAGUGAUACUGUGAAGACGUAGGUAGGAGAUUGUUAAGGAAGCAACAGGUCCAGAGCCAGGUGAGUCCUCAGUGGGAGCCAAUGAACCAGUAGGUGGAGGUUUAAAGGGCCAGCAGGUCAGAAUUAACAGGACGUUAGAUGUUAGGUACACAUAAGGACACGGACGGAUCUGUCUCUGAGAUAUAUUGCCUAUGUCCAUUCCAACGUCUCAUUGAAUGAAUGAGGGCUGUGAAGAUAGCAGUAAGGUCUACAGGAAAACACACACUAAUGUUAAAAAGUUCAACAGACUGAAUGAAACCAAAGCCCAGACUCAGGCGAGUUUCCUCUGUGGCUGCAGGUGGUGGAGGGUGAGACUCCUUUUCACCUGGGCCGAAGGAAGCGUCUUCACUCGGCAGGAGAGGAUGAAGACGAGUCGACGAGCUGCGCAUCACGGCCCAACCCCGAGGGCUCGCUGUCAGCCAGCGAACUGAGCCACUACGGCGAGCCGGAGGAGGAGGGGGAGGAGCUUCAGAGGCUGUGUCAGCGCUGCCACAUCAUGACGUCACACCUGAACAGACAAGCUGCUGCUCUGGCCGACACUGCAGCUCUGAAGGACCCGGCCUACUCCUCCUUCCUCCUCAGUAAGCUGCAGCGCCUCCACUGGCCUCGCCCCGGCCGCCAUGCUUCCCCCGAUGCCCGCUGUGACGUCUGCAGCGCCUCCUUCAACCAGCUGAGGCGCCUCGCUCUGCGGCGUGCUCUCGGCAUCAGCAGGGAGAUGACGCCUCGCCCUGCUGCGCCCACCGCCACCGCUCGCCCUCAACCGCACCCGGCCACUGAGAGCAGCUGGGGGGUCGACGAGCUCCCGGUGAAGCAGCAGAGAUGGUCCACUGAGGAGCAGAUAGGAGGCGGAGCUUCCUGGGGAUGGGGCGGAGUUCAGAGCACCUAUCUUGGUGGGGGUGGAGCCAGAGGGCUGGCGACUGUCACGCCCCUCCCCCUGAACGCACAGAACUACCUAGAGGGGGUGUGGAGGGUGUCCUGCUACAGACCGGAGGACACUGAGGGUUUAACUUCAGAUGCCGACUAUGUGACCAUGAAGACUUCAAGUCAUGACGUCAAACCUGCAUCUCACAGCACCGCCACCCAGACCAGCCAGACCCCGUCUGCUGCAGCCUCCUUUUUCAUCAGGGCGGCUCAGAAGCUCAGCCUGACCCGCAGGAAGAAGUCCCAGCCAGGACCCGCCUCCCCGCCCAGUGAGACCCCAGGGCCCCUGCUGUACACCGGGGGCUUCAGCGGGGCCCUGCAGCUCUCCCCGCCUGCCGUCCCGCCAUGCCUCCUCAGAGCAGGGUCAAAGGUCAAGGACACGCCGGGGAUGGGGAAGGUCAGAGUGAUGGUCCGGAUCUGUUCGGUCCACAGCAGCGAGUCCUCCGAGUCCAUGUCCCUCCUGAAGGUGGAUGGCAGAAAGAAGCAGCUGACUCUCUGUGAGACGUCAACCAUCGGGAACUCUUCCUCCUCCUCCACCUCUGCUUCCGCCUCCUCCUCCUCCUCCUCCUCCCAGAGACGAUCCUCCUCCUCUGCUCCAAAGACCUUCCUGUUUGAUGCCGUCUUCACACAAGACGCCUCACAGGCCGAGGUGUGCUCGGGGACGGUGGCUGAGGUGAUCCAGUCGGUGGUUAACGGAGCCGACGGCUGCAUCUUCUGCUUCGGACAUACUAACCUUGGUAAGACGUACACCAUGAUUGGCCGGGACUGCUCCACUCAGUCGCUGGGCGUGGCUCCGACGGCGAUCUCGUGGCUCUUUAAGGUGAUCGAGGAGCGGAGGGAGAAGUCCGGCGCUCGUUUCUCCGUCAGAGUGUCGGCUGUGGAGAUCUCCGGCCGGGAGGAGACGCUCACCGACCUCCUGGCUGAGCUCUCCUCCUCAGCGGGGGGCCACCAGGAGGCGCUGGGCCCUGCUGUGUCCCUGAGAGAAGACCCCCUCUGUGGAUCUCAGCUGCAGAAUCAGACGGAGCUGCGGGCGACCUGCGCUGAGCGAGCUGCAUUUUUCCUGGAUGCCGCCCUCGCAGCGAGGAGGAGCAGCCGAGCGCCAAAUGACCAGGAAGCCCGGAGGAAUUCUCACUUCCUGUUCACCCUGCACGUCAACCAGGAGAGGCUGGACAAGAGCAGCAAGGCAGCAGUAUCCGGACGGAGUCGUCUCCACCUCUUGGAUUUGGGAAGCUGUGAGACGGACAUCAGCAGGACCAGAGAGGGGGGCGGGGGUCAGUGCCUGUCUCUGUCCGCGCUGGGGAACGUCAUCCUUGCCCUCGCCAACGGGGCCAAGCAUGUCCCCUACAGGGACAGCAAGCUCACCAUGCUGCUCAGUGAAUCCCUGGGCAACAUCAACUGUCGAACCACCAUGAUCGCCCACAUCUCCGACUCCCCGGCAAACUACAUGGAGACGCUGACCACAGUGCAGCUGGCCUCCCGCAUCCACCGCAUGAGGAAGAAGAAGUCAAAGUAUGCCUCCAGCUCAUCCGGAGGAGAGAGUUCCUGUGAGGAAGGCCCGUCCUAUCGCCCCCCUCAUCUUCGACCCUUCCACCCUCGUACCAUUGCCCUCGAUCCGGACACGCCCCUGCUGCUCUCCAGCGAUCCCGACUACUCCUCCAGCAGCGAACACUCCUGCGACACCGUCAUCUACGUCGGGCCUGGGGGCGCGGCCAUCUCGGACAGAGAACUGAGCGACAAUGAAGGGCCGCCUUCUUUUGUUCCCAUCAUCCCCUCCUUGAACAAAAGGCGAGUCAAGGAUGCACCCAGGUCUGAUGGGGACCACUUAAAGUGUAACACGUUUGCAGAGCUGCAGGAGAGACUUGACUGCAUUGAUGGGAGUGAGGGGCCUACUCCUUUCAGCGCAGAUGCCAAAGCAGCGCUUACUCAGUCUGGAGCAUCCAAACCCACAGAGGCAAUUUCUCCUCCCAGAUCUGAUAAGAACCCCUCCCUCAGGUUCUCGGAAAGCACACCGACCACAUGCACAAUUAAACCUGAUCAGGAACAAUACAAAGUCCUUUCAACCAGAGCUCUAAUGGACACUUCCAAACGGACAAGUGCAGACGGUGAGAAACUUUCCCCGAGUCCUUUUCAGCCGUGUGCGGCAAAGCCUAGUGGGAGUUUCCCCCAGGACUCAGAGCCUGUAGUUCGAGAGAAGGUCUACCUAAGAGGAGGUCUUCCCAAACCGUCAGCUUCACCAACCUUACCCAGGACAACCAGGGAGGCCGCUCAGUUCGGGGAGGUUGUUGGUAGGACUCCCCCUGUGGGUAUGAGUCAACAAGCACUUAGACAGGACCAGCUUCAUGACACUGAAAGGGCCCCACUUACAAGCCGAGGCCCGAUGGAGGCUAACAAUCUUCGGUCUGCUCUGUUCGGAAGAUGCCUUGACCGGGAUUUUCUGCGGACUACCAUAACCCUCCAACAGCCCGUGGAGCUGAACGGUGAGGAUGAGCUCGUGUUCACUGUCGUCGAGGAGCUUCCUCGUAGUCUGGUCCCAGACAACGGCCGUCCUUCUAACCUCCUCAGCUUCAACACUGACUGCUCCUGGCAGGCCUCAGCAUCUGGACAUCGCCCUGUAAGCAUCAUCAGCAGUAUCAACGAUGAGUAUGAUGCUUACACGUCUCAAGAAGGAGCUGUUGGACAGGAAGUUGGAUCUAACCACCAGGAAAUGUUGUUCUACCAGCAAGACAGCUAUCAGCAACCUGGCAACUCAUGGGCAAGUGAAGUGAGUGCUCUUUCAGAAAGUGAGGACACUAAUUCAAAAGGCAGGCUUCACUUGAUGGACAAAAACACGGCUGUGUCCAUGCUUACCUCGCCAAGUCCUUUUCAUAAACAGCCAUUUUUACAUCACGGCAUCAAGAGCUCCCUGAACGAUAGUGGAAUCUGUUUCUCAGAGCUGGACAGUGAUCCUGCGACUCCAAACAAACCCUCUUUCACCAAAUGUCCUUCCUCUCCUGACUCUUCCAAGUCCUCUUUCAAAGGCUCUCUGAAAGCCAGAGGCAGUACUCUGAACACUUCAACAUCAGCCCUCAUUUCCCAACGCACCAGUCAUUCCAGUCUCCCCAGGAAAACCAAGCCUACCUCAUCUGUAACUGGGGGCUAUAGCAGACAGGAAGGCAGACAUGAUGAGUUUUUACAUCAGGAGAGCAGAAACUUUGAUCCCAGAGAGACUGAGUUUCUCUCUGCAGGAAAGCCACCAAGAGGCGGGAUAAGUAGUGUUUCGUCUAAGAGGCCAGGAGGGAACAGUAACAGUGUACCUCGGCCACCAAAGGCACAAAUGUCUUCAGCUCAAAGGUUUGUGGAUGGUUGUGAAAAGACCAGCAGCAGGAGAUCAGAUACUCUCAUCAAGCUGCCACGUCUCACCAGAGGUGCAACGACCCUUGGGACUGUCUCAACACCACAGGGUGGUCCUGAGGGUGCUUCAGUGACGGGGACCCUCAGAUUUUCAUCCUUGGGGAAAAAAUCGAAUGGGCAAAAGAGCAGCAUGAUCACGAAGUCUGGAUCUGGAAACAUCUCUCCUCCUGCUCAGCUUGUCAGACAGUCAAGCCAAGAACAAAAGACACGGACCGCGCUAUCUCCAAGUGCCUUAAAGACAAGCAGCGACCUGGGAAAGUCCUCAUUCCCUAAGACUUCAACCUCAGUGGAAGAAUUCACCAUGAGGCUCCGGGCAGAAUCCUUCAGCCACAGGACAUCAAGUCUAAAAACUGAACACGGCUUUGCCAGAGCAUCUUCAAGCCUGAAGACCAGGGGUGCCAAAGCAGAGUCUUCAAGGUAUUAUGGGAGUCUGAUGUCUCUGGAGAGAUGCGACAGUCAGACCUUAAUAGAGUCCAAGCCUGAACUGUUCAAGGAGAGCAGUGGUGCUACUCCAGGAGGCAACAACAGGUCCAUCAGAUCAGUGCCAAGACUGGGAGCUCCAUCCUCUGCCUCUACAUCUGCCUCUUCUUCUCAAGGUUCUCCUGGAGCCACAAGCAAACUAGGGCAGGUCAAAGGCAAUGGGAGCUCACGGGCUGCAGUGUCUGGGGGGGCAAAGGUCCGAACUCCCUCUGCAAGCAGUUCCAAGAGUCUCUGCUCUUCCCCUAAACCUCUUGAUAACGAAGCUGCCCGCCACGCUAGCCUACCCCCGACUGGAAAGUCCCCAGCUCGGUCAGCAGCAGGAGCUAAGAUUGGUCGAGGCACCAUCAUGGGAACAAAGCAGGCCAUUAGCAGAGCGGCUAACAACCGAGUCAGCGAGUUAGCCACAGGGAGCCAAAGGAAGCAGCUCAGCAGGGGGCCUGGACUCACAGAAAAUGACGGCACUGACAGCGGUACUAGUAGCGUUAGUGGGUCCCCAAACAACACGCCGCUUCCUUCACCUUACAGCAAGAUCACCGCGCCUCGGAGGCCGCAGCGCUACAGCAGCGGGCACGGCAGUGAUAACAGCAGCAUCCUGAGUGGGGAGCUGCCCCCCGCCAUGGGCCGCACCGCUCUCUUCUACCACAGCGGAGGGAGCAGCGGCUACGAGAGUAUGCUCCGAGACAGCGAGACCACCGGGAGCACCUCUUCAGCCCACGACUCCAUGAGUGAGAGCGGAGUGUCCUCGUCCAAUAGGAGCAGAGUUUCUAAAUCGCCCAAGAAGAGAGGAAAUGGUUUCCAGCGGCGCCGUCUGAUCCCCGCUCCCCUCCCCGACACCUCCUCUCUGGGCAGGAAGGUGGGGGGUCAGUGGGUGGAUCUGCCGGUGCUCGGAGGCACCCUGAAGGAGCCCUUUGAGAUAAAGGUGUACGAGAUCGACGACGUGGAGUGUCUGCAGAGGAGGAGGGAGGUGACGGCGGGGUCGGAGCCGUUCCAGGACGUGGAGAAGGGUCUGCUCUACUUUAACGCCCGGCUCAGGAUGCUGGAGAAGAGGCAGCAGCAGAUCAGAGAGCUGAGGAGCAAACACGAGAGGCUGCGGGCGGAGCUGGUGGAGGCCAAGAGCCGGCUGAUGCUCCACCCCAGCAGGUGGAGCGGAGAGUUUGACGUGGACCAGGACCUCGACCGGGAGUCCCAGGAGUACCUGGAGGCUCUGGCUCAGGUCACGGCAGAGCUGGAGUACUGCGUCAACCUCUGCAAGUCCCGAGUCAUGAUGGAGACCUGCUUUGACAUCGCCGGGACGUCUGACAGCGCGGCCACGCUGGGAGGACAGCAGGAGGUGGAGGUGUGACCAACGAGGUCUCUGAACAUGGAGAUGAUUGUGAAGAAGUCUGGAAGUUUGAAUACAGGGUUCAGCAAAGACGCUCCAGGAGGGGCGUUAGAGUCUGACUUUGGGUCCUUCUCAGAGUCAGACACGGAACCUAUAUUUGUAGAUUCAGAGUGACUUCCUUAGGACAAGAAUUUAUCAAGAACUGACGUCCAGAAAUCCACCAAGACCUGCAGAACCUGCCUGAGAAACUUCCUGGUUUGGAUGAUCUUUAGUGUCGGUGUGAUCCGGUCGUAGUUACGAAGACUCUCAUUGGUGCAUCGCCACUUUUAAAGUAGCAGACGUUACAACAGCACAACAUCUUCUCGUUGUUUCAACCCAGAACAAGCCUCCAUGAAGGAGUUAGCAUGCACAAUGUUUCAGACUUCUUCCUUUAGAAACGUCAGGUUCAAACUAAACUCUGACCUCCACUUCAGAACUAACAAACUCACUCCAGGACUCUUCUGGCUCAUGAUCUCAGCGCCAUCUUCAAACAUGGCGUCCAGUUCUUGCCAGGCAGCCAAUGAGAGGUGGAUUAAAAAAAAGAGACAUAAUGUUGGAUCAUAUUUGGAGUCAGAACAGGAUGAAACAUCCAACAGGUUCAUCCAUGUGACGUGAUUUCCUCCAAGCUGCAGGAGAACACUGUGAUAAAGGAUCAGACAGUAUCUGAUGUAGACUCUGGAUCCCUCUCCCACAUGUCUGGACGUUUGUUCGGUCACAGCAGAGGAACAAACACCCGGUCCCGGAUCAGAUCAGUGAAGACAAAUUAUCUAUGGAGGGAUGAAAGCUCUGGAAGUGCCUUUCUAUUCAUUCUCUGAUUUAACACGGUUAUUAUAAUUAA